CAGUGAAGGUAGUAUAAAUCAGAAAUUUGAUGUUUGUUUUACACCAAAUGAAUAGAAGAAGCUGUUUAAUGUUUUCAAGCAUAUUCAUGGAAACCUGAAAGGCUUUAAAGCAAAACCCAUUUUAGAGAUCUGGAUUGUUUUAAGGUGUGGACCAGCUGCUGAAAUCAGCUUUAAGAACCACUCCCCACUUUGUUCAUGAUAUGAUCUACGUCAAGUUUGGGAUUUUUAUUUUGAAACCAAGGCGACAGAAAGUGGAGAGGCACAGGAUGUCACUUGAGAUUCCCACCGUCUGAUGAUCUGGACCAUUUGAAUCAAGUCUGUGCAAAUAUCUACCAGAACGUUUUACAAUAUGUUCUCUCCUGAUGAUCUUAAUAGUUUUACCAGACCAAAUAAUCUGAGCUGAACACCUCAGGGUGAUCAAGUCAAACUGCGCAGAAGCAGGAGGAGCCCCAACCAAGAAUUAUAUUAGGCUAUUUGUGUACUAAAAUCCUUUUUACGGGCAGAUUUGACGCUUUCAAAGUUUUAGAUUUCAUUUAGGCUGUAAACACACCUACAUGUAUUUUUACAUGAAGAAUUGUGAGGUCUGCCCACGUUUUUAAAGCAGCCGACCGGUGUGUUUGUUUGCGCCGCUGGUAUUUCGCCCUGAGCGAUCAGAGGGGCGGUGCUCUUCCUCCUGCUCGUCCUCCUCCUUCUCCUCCCUCAGCGCUCAGAGCGGCUGUCAGGGAUGCAGAUCAGCUGUGUGAGCUCUCUGGGACUGACAGCAUAUUUAACCAUGAGGAGACCGGCGGGCGUUGAGCAGAAAUGCGCGCUGUGCUGACGGUGUGCUCAUCCCGCCAUGAGCCGCCGACCUCCGGGCGGGACAUGAGGGUCUGGGUCCUGGCGGUGACAGCGCUGCUGGCCGCCAACACCGCCCGGGGAUCACCGCUGCUCCUGGAUGCAGAGGAUUUUCUGGAGAAGUAUGGGUAUCUUCAUCAUGAGCAUCAGAUUCACAAUGCAGUUGAAGUGCGAUCAGCCGUCAGAGAGUACCAGUGGCUCUCCCGUCUCCCCAUCACAGGGCAACUUGACAGCGCCACCCUGAGGCAGAUGUCAGAGCCCCGCUGUGGGGUGUCAGACGAGGGCAGCCAGCAGGUCUGGGCCCAGAGGGUGAAUGUCAUCUUUACUGGGAAAAGACAACUGCAGCACCGCAGGAGGCGCUCUGCAAACCAAGCUGAGAAGUGGUACAAACGACAGCUGACCUACCAGAUAGUGAACUGGCCGCGCCACCUGUCUCUGGGCUCCGUCCGGCUGGCCGUGCGAACUGCUUUCCAGCUUUGGAGUAACGUGUCUGACCUGGUGUUCCGGGAGGCCCCCAAGGGCCCCGCAGACAUUCGGCUGGCUUUUUAUGAGGGGGACCACAACGACGGGGCCAGUAAUGCCUUUGACGGACCAGGUGGGACGUUGGCUCACGCCUUCCUGCCUCGCAGAGGGGAAGCCCACUUCGACAUGGCGGAGAGAUGGACGCUGAAUGGACACAAGGGCCACAACUUGUUCAUGGUGACCGCCCAUGAGAUCGGACACACUCUGGGCCUGGAGCACUCCCCCGUGCGGCACGCUCUGAUGUCGCCGUACUACAGGAAGCUGGGCCGUCGCCUGGUCCUCAGCUGGGACGACAUCCUUGCAGUGCAGCAGCUGUACGGGAAACCGUUGGGUAAUCGCCCGGUCAGGUUGCCCGGACAGGUAUUACACGCCGCGUUGCAGGAGUGGGAGUUCACCGAGCUCCAGAACCAGAACCCAGGACUGCCUCUGUACUGCCAGGGGAUCUUUGAUGCCAUCACUGUGGAUGAGAAGCAGACGGUGCUGGUGUUCCGGGGCAGCCGGUUCUGGACGGUGUCGCCCGAAGGCAGCGUGAGCGACCCGCUCCUCCUCCGCCAGCGCUGGCCUGGCCUCCCUCGGGCGAUAGAAGCUGCUGCCUUUUCCCCUCUGGACUCCAAGUGGUAUUUUUUCAAAGGGAAGCGGAUGUGGCGUUACACAGGCACUGUGCUGGACCCGGGGUUCCCCAUGCAGAACAAGGUUCUGGGUCUGCCUCGCCGCCUGGACUGUGCUUUUUACUACACCCCUCUGGGUCACAUGGUGCUCUUCAAGGGCUCCCGCUACUUUGUGCUCAACCUUAAAACUCUUCGCCAGGAGCCCUACUAUCCCCGCCGGCUGACAGACUGGACCGGCCUGCCGCAGGGCACCAACGGGGCGCUGACCCGUCCAGACGGCCGACUUUACCUGUUCAAAAAUCAGCGGUUCUGGAGGUUCGACCCCGUGAAGGUGCGGGUCACCAGAGAGGGCCUGUGGGCUAAGGAUUUAAACUGGACUGGCUGCAGCAAUAUACCUCGGAGUAAUAAUAUUUUUUGACCACCAGGGGGAGCUGCAAAAUUAAAAGUGCAAUUUAUUCA